CUGUAGCAGUUCACAAUGUCCGACGAAGCACCGGCACCUAUUGUCUCCUUCAAAAAACGCUCGAACAACCGCAACACAAUCCGGAAACGCCCUGCAUCCCCACCACCAGCUCCCAAGGAGGAGUCUUCGGACGAUGAAUUCAUUUCUGACGAUUCAGGGGACGAGGAAAGGGAUCCAGCAAUGCCGAGGGUGAAGAAGGUUAAGAGGAGUGGUGGGAUCAGGGAGGGGACGCGGAGGGAGAGGAAGGUCGAGAAGGAGGAUGUUGGGGUGACGUACGAGGGUGAUCGGAGUAAGACGGUGACGAAGACCAACGACGCGACACGGGAGAAUACGGAGUCAGCUCUUGAUGCGGAAUACCUUCUGGGCAAGAAAGCCGCGGCACUACCACCGACAGACACAGAAGACGGCCUCUAUCGCGGCCAAGCAAGCUACAAACCCCUCAUCACCCCAAAUCCCGACCGAGCCACCUCAAAAUUCACAGCCAAAGGCCCCAUCAAAGCACCGACGAAUAUCCGAACAGUCACGGUAAUCGAUUACCAACCAGACGUCUGCAAGGAUUAUAAGCAGACGGGGUUCUGCGGGUACGGUGAUUCGUGUAAAUUCUUGCAUGAUCGGGGUGAUUAUAAAGCCGGGUGGCAAUUGGAUCGGGAGUGGGAGGAUGUGCAGAAGAAGAAGAAAGCCGGAGGCGAAGCUGAUACUACCUCCGACGACAAGAAGAAGGAGGAAGAGGACGGAGAGGAGAUUCCGUUCGUGUGUCUCAUUUGUCGGAAAGACUAUAAAACCCCGAUCGUGACGAAGUGUGGGCAUUAUUUUUGUGAGGGAUGUGCGUUGCAGCGGUAUAGGAAGAAUGUGACGUGUUUACAGUGUGGAGCGGGGACGCAGGGGAUCUUCAAUGUUGCGAAGGGCUUUAAGAAGAAGUUGGAGGAGAGGAGGAGGAGGCAGGAGGAGCGUGAGCGGGGGGAGCCUGGGCAUGGGGAGGAGGGUGCUGGUGGGGUGGAGAUUGAGUUUAGCGGUGGUCCUGAAUGAGAAAU